GUGCGUGCGUGCUGGAAUAGCGCAGAGAGAGAGAGAGAGAGAGAGCGUUUCUCUGAGAGAGAAGUUGGCUGGAGGAGGUGCUGAAGAUGGCGGAUGGAGACAGUGGGAGCGAGCGCGGUGGCAGUAGCGGCGGCCCUCAGCACUUCCAGCGGGAGCAGGAGACCCAGGAGCUGGCGUCCAAGCGCCUGGACAUCCAAAACAAGCGCUUCUACCUGGACGUCAAGCAGAACGCGAAGGGACGCUUCAUCAAAAUAGCGGAGGUGGGCGCUGGUGGCUCCAAGAGCCGCCUGACUCUCUCCAUGUCCGUGGCGGCCGAGUUCCGCGACUACCUCGGGGAUUUCAUCGAGCACUACGCCCAGCUGGGGCCAAGCAGCCCGGAGCAGAUCGCGCAAUCGUCCGGCGGUGAGGACGGCGGCCCGCGGCGUGCGCUCAAGAGCGAGUUCUUGGUGCGCGAGAACCGUAAAUACUACCUCGACUUGAAGGAGAACCAGCGCGGGAGGUUCCUGCGCAUCCGCCAGACCGUCAACCGCGGUCCAGGCUUCGGCGUCGGCGGAGGAGGCGGUCCCGGAGGCAGCGUGCAGACCGGCCAGACCAUCGCGCUCCCGGCGCAAGGCUUAAUCGAGUUCCGAGACGCCCUGGCCAAGCUCAUCGAUGACUACGGCGGGGAGGACGAGGAGCUGAGCGGGGGGCACGGGGCCGCGGGGGGUUACGGCGAGCUUCCCGAGGGCACCUCCAUCAUGGUGGACUCCAAGAGGUUCUUUUUCGACGUGGGUUCCAACAAGUACGGCGUGUUCCUGCGGGUCAGCGAGGUCAAGCCCAGUUACAGGAACUCCAUCACCAUCCCCUUCAAGGCCUGGGGGAAGUUCGGAGGAGCUUUCUGCCGCUACGCCGAGGAGAUGAAGGAGAUCCAGGAGAGACACCGGGAUAAGAUGUACGAGAGGAGAGAGGAGUCCGAGGGCGAGGACGUGGACGACGACUGACCGCAGACCUCGCCAGGAGAUUGACCACACGUGUGAAACAAGAAGUGCAUGAACUGAACUCAAAUAGCCUACUAAAAUAUUCAUGGGACAGAAAACUAGAUCUGUGAAGUUUCUAUGUGGUGAGGGUUUCGGGAGGGGGGGGGGGGGUUGUCUGUAUUGAAGCCAUGGGGCGAAGGAUGUCUCGUUGGGUAUGACUUAUUCCCGAUGCUGCCCUGUCCCGUUAAACCAGCAAGUUUAAUUGUCUUAGCUAACAAUUAAACCUUUGUUACAUCAACAACGCCAAGGCUGCUGAAUUUCAGAAGCGGCCUGAAUACGACAAUACCAGGCUGUAAGGGUUCAACAUGUUUCUAGAGGGGAGAAAUUUACUAUAUAUAUAUAUAUAUAUAUAUAUAUAUAUAUAUAUAUAUAUAGUGUCACUGGUAUUCAUGGUGUGUUUCCUACCCAGGCAGCAUGGGACGUUAACAACUGUCCUCAAAACGUUACAUCAGAAGUUCUCAGAUUAUUUAAUUUCUUUCUUUUAUUGACCGAUGUUCCCAAAAUUAUUGUGCAUCAACAUGACUUUUAUGGUUUGGCCAGUUUGAAUGAUGAAAAGUUUUAAAUUCAGAUUUGGAGGGGAAUGUUUUGACCCCUGAUUUUGUGUUGACACGUCUCAGCUGUAAACCAGUGACUUCCUUGAGGCGUUAGUAAUGAAAAUUGUUGCACGUUCAACCGGUGUUAUCAAAUAACACAAUAUUUUGGUUUUGGGGUCAACGUAGUAUACAAAGAGUUUCGUGGUUUUCGAACUUGGGUCCAAGUCCCCUCUGAAUAUUUAAGGGCAGAUCGCUUAAAGGACAGAGCGACAUGGACGAGUGUAUUUUCACCCCCGUCCCCUUUUCGUUGUCAUAUUUUUUUUUUUUAAUUAUGUAAGAUUGUUCUUUAUGAGAAUAAGUAAACAAACCAGCAUAUUUUUGAAUACAUAGUAAAAAAAAUAUAUAUAAACUACCGAAGCUCAAGAAACUAAUUUUGUAAAAAAGAAAAACAAGCUGGGAUUGAAAUAUUGGAUUUGUUUUGUAGAAGAGUAUAGCAUCAUAUAUGAGAUUAUCCUUGCGAAACAUCACCCCACCCACCCAAACUCCUCCCACAACCCCUUUGAGUUUACAGCACGCAUACGUUUUCUUUCUACAUGAUUAAUAUCAAACGUCUAUCCGGUGGCAACGUGCGUCCAUUUCUGUGCAUGCCCGUCCCGCAUUUGCCUUUUUAUUUAAUUUAUUGCUUUCUCUUGCGUAGUAACUGCAGCUAUAUUAAUGCAAUAUUUUUGUUUAGCCUUUCACCAAAAAUAUUAUAAGAAUAACCAUGUAGACCAGUGGGUUAUGAUGGAGAAAGAUAGUUAAUGUCGAGAAUAUUUCAUCCGUGCACUUUAGCAAAAACAUCAACUGCGAUAUGCUCGUAUAUCCACGGCGAAGAAAAAAAAUUAAGAGAAAAAACAAAAUCCCUUCCUGGGUGCAACAGUGUUUUGUGCUGGUGUGUAAAGCCUCCUUUAGCCUUCCAUGCUGUUUUGUGUUAAAUGGCAGCUGUUGAAGUCAUGUGUAUACUGCUGUGAUCCUUUCAAGACGAAUUGCAAUGGAUAGUUUGUUAUGAAAUAUUCUCCCACACUUGUGUCUAUCGGCUGCGUGAUUGCUAACGGGAUGGUCUUCUGUACUCUCGCGACUGCAGCAGCUGUUUCUCCUCAACGGCGAGCUGACUAGGCAGCAGGACGGCUAUUUUAAUGCGAGGAGCAUUCCGUGGAUUCGCUCUGAAGUGCGCCGACGCACAAGGGCCCGAUUGUUGAGCCACUGCACGUUAUUACAUCAGCAGACUGCAUUUGGUGCAUGUGAUGGGGAGCUGCCGCGGCCGUAUAGUAGAGGGAGCGAUGUCGUAACAUUCAGCGUAGUGUUUUCUAGGACUAACCUUCUGAAACAGGCCCCGAUUUGGCAGCCGAGCCCGGACGGCAAUAGAAAGCGUGACACAGCAGCUGUUGGCAGGACAUUCUUGCGUUCCCCUCCCCUCAGCUGCUGUUCGGCUUGAGCAUUUGCAGACGGGAGGCACCACUCAGGACUCGUUUGUCGGAAGGAGAUCCGCCGUGUGUCUAAAUCAGCACCAUUUGUAGAUCACGUGUGCAUUCAUUUUGAUUGUAUGACCCAUCUGUACUAUUAGCGCAGUGAAUGUGUCAUGUCGAAGAACCAAGAUGGUAGACUAAUGUUGUUUAAAAAAUGCAAA